AUGGCUCCUGAGGCACCUGAUCCUCAGAGCUUGAAGUCAUGGCACGAUGCAUUCCAAUACCCAAUUCCUACGGUACGCCGUGUGGAACAGGAGCUGCGCCGGGACAUCGCGAGCAAUAAGGAGAAGCUCCGAGCUCUCGUGGGCACGCGAUAUCGUGACUUAGUUGGAACCGCUGAGACGAUUGUGACCAUGAACCGAGACAUUCAAGAUGUGGAAUCUAUUCUGGCUGAUGUUGGACGCCGGUGCAACCCCCGACUUAUAGAAAGGAAGCAUGUUCAUGUCCGGCAAAUUAAGACUGGUGAUGCUGAGAAAGGUACGAAAACUAGCCAUGAAGGAAGUCAGGAAUCAGUAGCUGAUAUUGUGAGCAUAGACGCAGAGAAGCACGCAUUUGGAGCGCAGCUUUCUCUCCUUCACCGUUGUACAACCUCUAUCAGCCGGCUUUUGCGACGUCGCAGCUCGCUUCUGUUGGUUGCGAAGAUUCUAGUUGUUUCCCGAUUACUACACAAGACGUUAUCGCAACACGAGUCACUCCCCCCAUUCAUUGAUGAUCUCCGGAAUCAGCUAGCGUCUCUCCGGCGAACACUCCUCAAGCGUAUUGAUAAACGCCUUGCCUCUACAAGCGCUACAGAAGAUACUAUUAUUGAAUCAUUGGCUGCCUAUUGCCUUGCAACGAGCUCUUCUUCUGACGAUGCGAUCGAUCAUUUCCACAAAGUGCGCCUGGACGUCAUUGUUAGCCAGUUGGAUGUGUCUCGUGAGAACAUCCCCAGAGCCCUCCAGCUGUUUGUUCGGACACUUCAUGCCUCAAAGGUCCUGCGAUCCCGUCAAUUUCCAGAUGUGCUCUCGAAGCUUAAAGCUCGACCUCUCCUCGCCGACCCAGAGAUUCAGAGUCUAGAUGGGCUGGAGGUUGAAGUUCUUGGCCGCUGGGUAGCUCCAGAGGUCAAAAAUUUCACCCCCUGGAUCAAGCUCAGCGAACUGAACAGAACAGAGGGCUUGCAAUCGACUAAGGAAUGGUCACUCCGGGCUUUCAAGAAAUUCUCCGAAGGCUGCCAAAAGAGCUUGGCCCACAGCACCGAUUUCUCCGAGCUCCUCUUGCUCCGUUCAGAGACCGUGGAAUUAUGGCUGUCAUCCUGGGGCUCGACUAUCAUUCACAGCUCAGUGGAUGUCCUCGAAAGUCUUCGAAAUAUUUUCAAUGACCAGCUUACCAGAAUCCUGAAUGUGAAAGCACAAAGCCUAGGCGAAGUUGGUACUCAAGUUUCAUCUCUAAUAUCAGACUGGGAGAACACCGAGCACAACCCCGUCGGAUCUCUGUGGGAUGCCGAUCUUAUUACCGCAGAAUACACGAGCGGCGCCCAGAGAUUCAAACAAACUGUAGCAGAUAGAUUAUUGGGCCGUGAUGAAGACAUCUCUACCGUCCUUAUGACGUAUCAAGCAUGGCUGGCCUCAAUCCAAGAAGUGAACGAAUCCAUCGACUCUCUACGCCGCACGCGAUGGACAGACAUUCUCGUCGGAGGUGAAGUCGAAGAUGAAGAUAUCGACAUCACACCCCGGCUCAAUGAAGAUGACCCCCGACACCUAUCUGGUUCUCUCCACUCUGCCGUUCGCAACGCAUUCACCAGUCUUCAGACAUCAUUCAGCACCGCUUUCCAGUCAUUCAACUCCUCACAUUCAAGCGAAAAAGCCACUUUCCUAUUGAGACUUAUACGACUCGUCCGGCGCGAUAUCCCCGCUGACUUUGUAUCUGGAGACUUUGUAUUUUCGAGCGAAAUCGUCCCUGAUCUACAGAAGUUGCUUGCAGCAGAAGUAGUCGCUAAGGCUGGAUCGCUGAGCUUGAUUCCGUCCCCGAAGACCAACCCCCAGACAGGCAAAGCUAAGACCGUGCCCGGCAGAUCACUCUGGGAAGGCGAGCCUGCCAUCCCAGUUCAGCCCUCGGCUUCGAGCUUCAAGCUCCUGCGUCGUCUCACUUCCUCGAUGGAUACUUGUGGAUUGGACCUGUGGGAUCCGUCCACUGUGCAGGCAUUGAAGCAGGAAUUGAAAACGAAACUUGGGGCGGCUAUCUUAUCUGCUUUGGAUGAUCUCGAUAGCGAAGAUGCGCCUAACAAGACUGAGACCAAGGAUGGUCAACCUGCUGCCAAAGGAGAUAAGGACAAGGAAGAUGAGAUCCCGGAGAAACCAGAGACCCACAGCCCGGAUCCAGAUCAAGUCGAAUCUCUGCGUGGCUGGAAGGUUCAGCUCUUCUUCGACUCUCUGUAUCUGUCUCAGAUGCUUGGCGAGCAAAAUCAGCUGGCUGGUGUCGUCGAUCGUGCUCAGAAGAGCUCUGGUUCUAGUGCGGAGACUGUGAAGACUAUUAAGAAGCUUGCAACUGAGUAUUGGACUCGGACGGAGCUGCUGUUUGGUCUCUUGGCAAGACACUGA